AUGAUCUUUUCGCCUCGGUUUACUCGCCUCUUGCUGCUGGUUUCAGCAUUGGCUUCAACCGUCUCAGCCUCGCCUACGAAUUCCCUCUUCGUCCGAGACUCUCAGUGCUCUGCUGGUCUAGAGUCCUGUCCUACGAGUUUACCCGACAACUUUUGCUGUUCUCAGGGAACAACCUGCCUACCAUUGGCUGGCGCUACAACUGCGCUAUGUUGUCCUACCGGCCAGACCUGUGAAAAGAUCCAGCCCAUUGCCUGCGACAUCAGCUUGCAGGAUCCAAGCAAAAACUCGCAAUCACCAAUCAAAACCAGCGUUUUCGACGUCUCGUUGGGGAAAUGUGGCGCGAACCUCUGCUGUCCGUUUGGAUAUUCCUGUGUUGGAGGCAACCAAUGCCAGAAAGACGCUGAUCAGAGCACAUCUCCACAGAGCGCCAGCUCUUCAACUACUGGUUCGCCCACAUCAACCUCGCCAGCAUCUGAUUCACCAACGUCACCUGCAUCGGCUACAUCAGCUUCUGCGUCAGCUACACCCCCUCCCGCUACUUCUAUCGUCGUUGCGCCAGUCACUACAGGAGCAGCGACGCAGCCCGCAGAAGAGUCUUCCCUCCCGUCUACCACUUCAUCACCGGACUCUUCUACGGAGACUACAAGUCCGGCCCCCAAAGCUUCGAACCCAAAGACAAUCUCAAUCGUAGCUGGUGUUGUGGGAGGCUGCGCCGUCUUGGCUGCGUUGGGAAUUAUCGCGUUCCUGUUUAUCCGCCGCCGCAACCGCUACAACGAGAGUGAAUACACUGAGAAGGCAAGCAUCAAACAUCUCGGUCCUGGUCCUGGUCCCGACUUCCAGGGAGGCAGCUUCAUCUCUGAUCCCAUUCUUCAGCCAAAUUCCUACCGCGCUGAUUUCAUCCGCAAAACUCCCUCCAUUAGGUCUUUUGUGAGCCAGAGACCGCCCCGGAUUUCUUACCAGGAGCGACACUCACAGCGACUUUCUAUCCCGAAUCCUUUCGACUCUCCCAACACCUCGGAUCACUCGCCUACCAAUUUUAACCCUUCUGUCUGCUCAGAGGACGACUUGAAUGCUCGUACGGGAGUCGUUGAGUCUGGAUCUCGAUUAGCUCCUAUCAGGGCUAUGAAAGCUUCCAGCACCCGACUCUAUCCGCAAGACAUGCCCAGAGACAGAGAGCCUAGCGGGAGCGAGAGCAUAAACGUGUUUGCUGAUCCCGUCAUGAUGCAAGGCAACUAUGACAGGCGCCACACUCAGGGCACGACCUUCACAGAUCUCAUGUUGGAGGCUGAUCUUGACGAUGUACGACGUGGACAUCCAUACCUUGUUCAUGAUCCCAUGCCCACUAAUAGGAUAUAA